AUGUCCGCUUCUCGGCCCUUUCAAUCUCGACGCCAAACCCCACGGGUGUCCAAAGCAUGCCACCAUUGCCGCGCCGGCAAGGUCAAAUGUGACGGAGCCAAGCCUCAAUGCGGCACUUGCACCCGCCAGUCUCGAGAAUGCGAGUACAACACCGUCGAUGGUCGGAAGACCCGCCACUCGGAAGCCGAAUUUCUUGCCAUGAGGAACAGGAUUGAUUUUCUCGAGUCACAGCUGACAGCGAGCCAAACCAUGAUAUCGAAAGAGGGCCAUGACACGCAACUGGUAACUCACGGCGGCUGUAAUCCACCACAACCCCCUUGCCGGGAGGAAGAUGUUGCUGCGCUGGAGGCCGAUGACGAGCAGGGGGCAUGGGCCAUUGGAACAAAUUGCGCCGGCAACGUUGUUGACGCUCUCAGAACUCCCGAGCACUGGCAAAUUGACGAACUGUUCCCGGGCCUGACCCCGACGGCGCACUCGGAAUCGUCACUCCUUCAGGUCUUCGUCUCUAUUCUCGGCAGUUUUUGGAAUGACAGAACCAGCGGGAAACGGCUCUACGUUGGUCCAACCAGCAACCUGCACCUCUCAGAAGCUGCCGCCCCUCCCAUCGUACCAUCCUCGUGGCUCCAAAGAGUCGUGAGACCGCCCCUUGCCUCCUGUGCAGCAACGCUGCCGGAGGAUGAGCUUCUGAACUGCUACUGGGUCCAUGUAAACCCCCACUUUCAACUAUACAGCUCGGAGCAUGAGGUUAAGAACCAUAUGCAUCGCAACCCUCUUCUACGUACAUCGGUACUCGCGGUGGGGGGCCUCUUUCAUGAGGCAAGGAACGCGGGCCCGGAUGAGCAAAGCCUCGUUCGGGACCCGUACAUCGAAUGCUGCGUCGAAAGGUUUACCAGACUGAGCGGUGAAGCAGUCGAGGUUGUCUCGCUGUCCAAUGUUCAAGCCUUCCUGCUUCGAUCGUAUCUGGCCACGAUGAUGGGGAGACUCGAGUCGGCAACGAUAUUCCUUGGGAUCGCCUGCAACAUGGCCAAGAUUAUGGGCCUCCAUGUGAACCUGGAUUCAUUGCGUGGCGGCGACCAGCCCGCACCACCCACGCCGAUCGAUAGGGACAGGAAGCGGACAUUUUGGGCUUGCUUCCGAAUGGAUAGAUGUUUAGCGAUACUCGAAGGUCGCGCCGUGCUGAUGGCAGCAUGCGAUGUAUCGGUAGAACCACCGCUCCGGGACGCACUGAACACGUACAGAGAUUCAGGCGCUGCGACAGUAUCGCCAGAGGUACUUUACGCGUUCCACGUUGACCUAGCCGACUUGCAGGAUAAGUGCUUGGGCAAAAUCUUGUGCUAUCACACGGGCCUGCUCCUCCUACACCGGCCCGCGUUGAAAAGCACCGGUCACCGAGACGACCAUCUGGCAAACAGCCGUUGCUCGGAGUCGGCAUCGGCCAUAGCCGGGCUCCUGAAGGCCUACAGCGACCAGUUCGCCAGCUCGGUGGCCGACUUCAUGGUCGUGCACGCGGCCUUCACGGGCGCUCUCGCGCACAUGGUCCUGCUCGAGCACCCGGACAUCGCCUCCUAUCACAAGACCACCAGGGCGCUGAAGACCAUCGUUGACUUCCUCGUCUGGGUCGCGCCUCGGUCCGAGUACGCACGCAACGUCUACAACGACCUCCGUCAGUUCGCCGUCAAGUGGUCGAUAAAACCGGCCAACUCGCCAACGUUCUGGCAAACCUAG